AUGACUAGUGAAGCGGAGCGGCGCGCGCCGGCAAAACAACGCGGCAGGGUGGCGGCUUCCAAGUAUGGCGGUGGGGUGUCUCUCUCGGGCGUGGCGGUGAGGCGCGGCAUGAAGUGCGCCGGAGUGGCCGGCGGCGGCGACGAGCUGCUGCUGGGCGGCUGCUGGCUGGACCCCAAGGACGCCUCCCCCCCGCCCUGCCACGAGCUGCUGGACUCCCUCCUCGCACCCCCGCCCCUGGCCGAACUCAAACCCCUCCCGCCCUUCACCGGGUACACCGGCCACCUCUCCAUCAACGGCAUCUCCGGUCAUCAUUUCCACGCUAUAGCACAACGUCUUCCAGAAGAGAACAACAACUACCCCACGCAGAGCGGGUACGGCGCCGACCAGGACGUGGUCUCCUCGUCCACGUGCGCCGCUGACUCCGAGCCGCCGGACCUCGAGGAUGUCAAACCCUUCCCUCUGGACGCGCCGGACACCAAACCGUUCGCGGAGUCGUCGGCGCCCGGUGUAGCGGACUCCUGUGCUCAAUCCUGUUCCCCGCCUGCCAAAAUAUUUGAUGAUGGACACAAACAAGACAUGUACGACAUCAGCUCCAUAGAGGACUUGGCGGCCAUCAUCGGCUCCGCCAUCGCUGACACGACUGUACAGUCUCAGCCGGAGGACCCUGACAGAAACGAUUCUAGAGAUAGCUGGAUGGACAUAGACGCAUGGAUAGCGGGCGCUUGUAGUCAACACGGAGACAAAAUAGUUCAACAAGACCUAUCGGAGUUCGGUUUCGGUUCUCCGCCACCAUCACAAUCGAGUCACCAGUCCAGUAUAGACUUCCCGUGCAAGCCCAGCCAAGAGUUCUCGAAGAGAGAGGAAUUCCUUCAAAAGAAUUUAGGACAGGCUGGAUCUACUCUCCAGUCGCUAUUAUCUCAUGGGUACAUGCCUUUAUUACAAAACAGAUUGCAAAACGGUCCCCCCGUUAAACAAGAGGCUCCAAGUUCAACGAGUUGUGGGAUGGACGUGAUAUCAACGUCGUCGCCACCAGGAAACGCGGUUUCAACCACGGACGGUGUCGGAGGAUUGCUCAAUGGCAGAUAUGCACCACAUUACGCUCUCGGGCUGAAACUGGACGGACUCUGUAGUCCAGAGAGAUUACUCGGCUACUCACACGCCCACACGACCACGGUCACUCCAUCCAGUAAGAGUAAACGUAGUCGAGCAAAAGCAAAACAAGUGAACAACGGAGGAAGCCUGCAUGGAAGUUCGUUAGCCUUCGCAUCAGCAACAUCCGCGGAGCUGAGCGGCUUGUUAGGGAAAGAGAAACCUGUGCAUCGCUGUGGGAUCUGUAAUAGAGGGUUCCUGAACAAGUCCAACAUAAAGGUCCAUCUCCGGACUCACACCGGGGAGAAGCCCUUCAGAUGCGACGUGUGCGCCAAGGCUUUCCGUCAGAAGGCGCACCUUAUAAAACACCAGCAGAUCCACAAGAGGAUCGGGCGGGACUAG